CCUGUACCAGCAGAAGCUCCAGAGCUCUCAGCCACUUGCUUGCCUCUGCCGCGUCUCUGCCCACUGAACAGCCAUGAGAAGGCAGCUCCGGUCCAGAAGGGCUCCGGCCUUUCCAUACGGUUAUCGCUACAGACUUGAUGAUCAGGAUGAAGUGAAUCAGAACUACUUAGCAGAUGAAGAGGAAGAAGCAGAAGAAGAGGCUCGGGUGAUGGUGGUACCUGAUUUGGAGGAGGAGGAGGAGGAAGAAGAGGAGGGGAAAGAAGAAGAGGAAAAGGAAGAGGAAGAGAGUCAGGCUCAGGAAACAGGCAGUGCCUGGUGGCGGAAAUGGCAGAUCGUGAACGAGUACCUGUGGGAUCCGGAGAAAAGGAUGUCUCUGGCCCGAACAGGUCAGAGUUGGAGCCUGAUCUUAGUCAUUUACUUCUUCUUCUAUGCUUCCCUGGCCGCUGUGAUCACCCUCUGCAUGUACACGCUAUUUCUGACCAUCAGUCCUUACAUGCCGACCUUCACUGAGAGGGUGAAGCCUCCUGGAGUUAUGAUCAGACCCUUCGCCCAUAGCCUUAACUUCAACUUCAACGUUUCUGAACCUGACACUUGGCAGCAUUAUGUGAUUAGUCUAAAUGGCUUUCUCCAGGGUUAUAACGACAGUCUUCAAGAGGAAAUGAACGUAGAUUGCCCCCCGGGCCAAUACUUCAUCCAAGAUGGUGAUGAGGAUGAGGACAAGAAGGCCUGCCAAUUUAAGCGCUCCUUCCUGAAGAACUGCUCUGGCCUGGAGGACCCUACUUUUGGCUACUCUACUGGACAGCCCUGCAUCCUUCUAAAGAUGAACCGGAUUGUUGGCUUUCGUCCUGAGCCUGGAGACCCUGUGAAGGUUUCCUGCAAAGUUCAGAGAGGUGAUGAAAACGACAUCCGAUCCAUCAAUUACUACCCAGAGUCGGCUUCUUUUGACCUCCGUUACUACCCUUACUAUGGCAAACUGACUCACGUUAACUACACCUCCCCGCUGGUGGCAAUGCACUUUACAGAUGUAGUGAAGAACCAAGCGGUGCCUGUGCAGUGCCAACUGAAGGGCAAAGGCAUCAUAAAUGAUGUCAUCAAUGAUCGUUUUGUGGGUAGGGUAAUCUUUACUCUGAACAUAGAAACCUAAGAACUUCAGGGGGCCACUCCCACCAGUUCUGUUUCUGUUUUAUUUCAUGUUACCCUGGUAGAACCUGAAUUCUUUUUCUUCAGUUGGGACACAGCCAAGUGGACACCUGAGACAGCAGAUCAUCUUUCCUUGCCUUUGACAUAUGUUCGAAAUGGCAUUGUGGGAGCUAUUUGAUUUUUAAAGGUAGUCUCUCCUGAUGACAAAUAGCUUAUAUUAAUUUCCUUUUCUCCCACUUAAAACUAAAACCCAUUCUUGCUGCUAGAAGUCUCAUUGUAGUGUAACAUAGUAUCUGAUAAAAUUCACAAUAGCCAUGAAGGAGAAUUUCCGUAAUGAUUAUAAAUUCAUCAUGUUUUCUAAAAAUUUGUUGUUUUUAGAGGUAAGAUUCCUCCCAACCAGGCUGAUAACUAACCAUUUUUGUUAACCUGCCUGGCAAGGUCCUUCCCUGAGAAUCACCAACCAGACCAAUCCAGAAUACACCUAGGGCCACCAUACCUAGGGAACUCUACAUCCAGGGGUGCUUGUGAAACUGGCUGCCUCACAUGGGCAACUAAAUACUGAUUCACAGACUAGGUUAUCUUCAACUGGGACAGAAGUCAGUGAUAACUGGAUAUUGUCCUGGGAUAGACCAGAACAUAGACCUUCCCUAUAACUUUUUUUGGGAGGUGAGGCCCACUGCAACUGGGGAGAACACCUACCAUGUGGACGUGACUGGUAUUAGAUUCCUUGCUUUAUGGUGUAAUCCAAAGGCAAAUGUUCCUGCAGAAAGGUUUGUCUCAGCUUCAGACACAGGAAGAAAACAAGGAAGAUCUCCACCAACUAAUUCUUGAGCUCUUUGUUUGACAGUAGUGUGAUGUUCUUUGAGACCAUCAGGGAUAGAUGUGUUGACCGUCCCCGCCCACACCUCGUUACAGCGCUGGGGAUUGAAAUCAGGGUCUCCCAACUGAUACCUGGUAAGACAGCUCCUGCCAGGCCACCCUAAAUUCAAGGCCCAUUAGCCAGCUUUGCAGUUGUUUAAAAAAUGAUAAGAGGCAGAUGUUUAUCCAGGUUGUGGAUCAGCCAGGCUGCUUUGUCUUAUCUUUGGCCAUGUGACCAUUCCACUGUUCCUUAACACCUCCACCAGGGGGAGGGCUGGGACAAGGAGAAAAAGAAAGCAUCAGAGAAGAGCAUAGUGUCUCAGGGUCCAAAGCAGGGUUAAAUGCCACCUAGAAGUAUCCAGAGUCUGAAUCUCCUCUACAAUGUUUACCUUCUCCCAAAACAGGGAACUGACAGUAUGGUAGUGAAGAAAAACAAGUAAAGAAGUAACUACAAUAUAGCGUGACAAGAGUUAUAAUACUAGUAUGUGGAAAUGCUAUGGGAACAUGAAGAAAAGUAAGCUGAGAAAGUAGCAGAGGAAAUUUCACAUGCAAAGUCACAAUCACGAAAGACCAUGGUGUGUUUGGGUAACUGAGCAGUUCAUGUAGCUGGAGUGUAAAGGGCUCAGAGCAAUGGCAGGGAGCGGCAGUGGAUUGGGCUAGAAAUGUAUACAGGUACUGAAAGAAGACUUUGAGUUUUAUCGAGUAGGUGAAAAGGAGUCAUGAAAGCAUUUUAUGCAGGGAAGCUCUGUGAUCAUAUUUACUUUUUAGAAAGAGCACUUUGGCAGCCACAGUGUGAAGGGUGGAUUGGAGAAGGGCAAGACUGGGGAAUGGGCAACAAGGGAGAAGAAGGAGUCAAGAAUGACGCCAAGGUUUUGAGCUUGGCUACACCCAGUGGGAUAGUGAUAUUGUUAAGACUGGAAAUACACGAGUGAAGCAGGAUUGGAGAGGAAGAUGUUGAGAUCACUUCUGGACAUUUUAGGCUUUUGAUUUCUAUUGGUCAGACAUUGAUGUGGAGAUGUAAAUAUAAGUGGGGUUGGGAAGAAGGAAAUCUGAGAACAAAAGCAGCAUUCGCUGAAGUGAACUCUCUUAAUAAAGUCUAAGCUAUUUAA